AUGAUUUCCCCUCGCACCUUCUGGAUCUUUCCAGAAAACAUCCUAAGAAGUGUUCGCAUGCCCUGCCGCCUGUGGUUUGAUGUGAGACUGAGACCGGCGCCACCUGGCGGCCUCUACCGGGAGCCGCGACUCCGCCCACCCGGCAGCAGCCCCACAGGUGUCCGGCAGCAAACAGAGGCUCCCAGCCGGGUGCAGCGUAAGGGCCGGGGGGAAAACUCCAGGUCCGGAAGGUCCCUCCUCCGGGACCGGUUAGCGGAGGACUCAGACCCCGCGAGGUUCUGCUACCCACCCGGGUCGAGGCUCGCGCUCAGCUCCUCCCACCUCGGGCGCUCCCACUCCGGCCGCGCCCUUCGCGCCCUCUACGCUCCGUCCCCGCACCCCAGGGCGAGUCCUGCGUCGCUCGGGAGCGAGCGCGGGGCCGUGGGGGCGUCCGGGGGAGGGGGAGGGGGCCUCGAGAGACCCCUCCCCGCGUCCCGGGCCGUCGCGCUGAAUCACCGGCGAGGUUUGUACCAAUGCGUGGAUGAGCCGGCCACCUGCUGCCCCCGCCGCCCGGACCGGGAGCCCGAGAGCGCCCGGAUGCAGCAGGCGCAGAUGGCCGCCCUGGCUGCCAUGCGAGCUGUGGCCGCCGGCCUGGGCCACCCGGCCAGCCCCCGCGGGGGCUCCGAGGAGGAGGAUGCCGCCAACCCCAAGGGCACCCCCAACCCGCCCACCGCCCCCAGCCGAGGCCAGGAGGGGCCCCCGCCAGGCGAAGGGGCGGGGCACUUUGAGGACCUGGUCUCCAGCGAGGACCUCAAGCACAGGUGGGAGGAGGAGGAGCUGGAGGGAGACCUGGCCGAGGAGGACGAGGACCUGGAUGAGGAGGAGGAGGAGGAAGAAGAGGAGGAGGAGGAGGACUACGAGGACGAGGACGAGGAGGAGGAAGAGGGGCUGGGCCCCCCAGGGCCAGCUGGCCUGAGCUCCGGAGCUCUGUUUCCCCGCAAGGCCCAGCCACCCCAGCCCUUCCGUGGCGAUGGCGUACCCCGGGCGCUGGCUGGCCAGGAGCGCCAGGGUCCUGGCCCUGCCCACCCUGGGGGCACUGUCCACUCGGUGCCCCCCUUGCAGCCGCCAGACCACGGGGACUGGACCUACGAGGAGCAGUUCAAGCAGCUCUACGAACUGGAUGGGGACCCCAAGAGGAAGGAAUUCCUGGACGACCUGUUCAGCUUCAUGCAGAAGCGAGGCACGCCGGUGAACCGCAUCCCGAUUAUGGCCAAGCAGGUGCUGGACCUGUUCAUGCUGUAUGUGCUAGUGACAGAGAAGGGCGGCCUCGUGGAGGUCAUCAACAAGAAGCUGUGGCGGGAGAUCACCAAGGGCCUCAGCCUGCCCACCUCUAUCACCAGCGCCGCCUUCACCCUGCGCACCCAGUACAUGAAGUACCUGUACCCCUACGAGUGUGAGAAGCGUGGCCUCAGCAAUCCCAGCGAGCUCCAGGCCGCCAUCGACAGCAACCGGCGCGAGGGCCGGCGCCAGGGCUUCGGGGGCUCACUGUUCACCUACUCACCAGGCGGGGCCCACAGCAUGCUGUCCUCGCCCAAGCUGCCCAUGUCCUCCCUGGGCCUGGCCGCUGGUACCAAUGGCAGCUCCAUCACCCCAGCCCCAAAGAUCAAGAAAGAGGAGGAUGCGGCCAUCCCCAUCACGGUGCCAGGGCGGCUGCCCGUCUCCCUCGCCAGCCACCCCGUGGUGGCGGCGCAGGCCGCUGUGCAGGCAGCGGCAGCAGCGGCCCAGGCAGCCGCCCUGGAGCAGCUCCGAGAGAAGCUGGAGUCCGGGGAGCCCCCCGAGAAGAAGAUGGCCCUGGUGUCCGAUGAGCAGCAGAGGUUCAUGCAGCGAGCUCUGCAGCAGAACUUCCUGGCCAUGACUGCGCAGCUGCCCAUGAGCAUCCGGAUCAACAGCCAAGCCUCCGACAGCCGCCAGGACGCAGCCGUGCACCUGAGCACCAACGGCAGCAGCAGUAUUAGCAUGUCCGUCGAGAUCAACGGUGUCAUGUACACAGGGGUGCUCUUCGCCCAGGCGCCGGCUUCCACAACACCCGCGGCUCCCAGCAAAGGCGGCGGUGGGGGUGGCGGGGGCCGCGGAGGCAGCGGCGGGACCAGCAGUAGCGGCGGCAGCAGCAGCUCGGGCAGCCAGGCCGGACCCCCACCCGCCGCGCCCUCCUCGUCUACCUCAGCUAACUCGGUGCCUUAA